AUGGAAUUAUUUUUAGGGGUAACGUCUCAGCGAAAGCCAAUAAAAGAGGCUUUGUUUUUGAACAGCGACACUUUUGGGAAUGCUACAUUGGAAGAUUGCGUUUGGAAACGCGAACGAGAGCCAUGCCCCGAUCCCAAUGUAACGAUCAAUUUGUACACUGAAGCUGAACCUUACAAGAAAACCGUGGACCUGUUUAGCGAAGAUUGGCUUCGGCAGAGCAGCUGGGAACCAUCGCACGAGACCAUCUUACUUGUGCACGGUUAUGCUGGAGGCGACGAUACGCUACCCAUUAUUGUUCUUCGAGAUGCUUAUCUCCGUCGCGGAGGCUACAAUGUGUUUAUGCUGGACUGGGGCCAGCUCUGCCAGCCGCCAUGUUACGUGGCCGCCGUGCACAACCUUCGUCCGGUCGCCAGGUGCGUCGCGGAAGCUUUGGCGACGUUACGUCGUGCCGGAUUGAGACCCGACAGGCUCACGUGCGUCGGGCAUUCGUUGGGAGCGCAUUUGUGUGGAAUCAUGUCUAACUAUCUGAACUUUAGGCUUAACAGAAUCAUUGGCUUGGAUCCAGCUCGUCCGUUAAUCAGGUCGGCUCCAGCGCUUCGUCUCGACCCGGGGGACGCCAGGGCCGUCCACGUCCUCCACACGAACGCCGGGCGCUACGGCGAAGGGGCGAGAUUGGGCCACGCCGAUUUCUGCCUCAACGGGGGCCGAAGCCAACCCUUUUGCGAAGACACACCCAACGAAGCGCUUUGCAGCCACGUAUGGUCGGUCUGUUACCAAGCGGAAAGUUUGUUCAGACCGCGAGCUGCCGCCCCAUGUGGCCGAAGGUGCUCCGUCAGAACGCCGCCCGCGAGGGCCUCCGCGAUGCCGGUGCUGCUGGGUCAGCCGGCACCUAUGACUGCAUCGGGCGCAUACUGUCUAGAAGACUUUUCAGCCCCCUUCUGCCCGUCCACCACGGGGUUGAAGGAAGGCGACGACAGAUGCUGUCUAGAUAAACAGUACGCUGCAGCAGCCACAACCACUCAGCCUCCCAGGACCCGACCGAGGCCCGUAGUACGACUCCGUUCGCGAAGAAUUAAAAACUUAGCCACCAAUACAACUUUAGAUUACUAUAACGAAUAA